AUGGCUCACGCAGGCUUCACUCCGCCCCAAAACCUCCCGGAACCGCCUCGUCCCACGGCUCCCACCUUGGAAGAGAGAAUGGCCGAGCUCUUCCAUUGUCAGCCCACGUAUUCCAGUCUCGGACCCCCUCCCGAGUCUGACCUGUUCAAUCUCCUCUUCCCAGACUCCCCUGGUAAGACCGCGCGGUCCACGCCAAAGGCCUUGGAGCUCCCCGCGCCGCUUAAAGCUGCGGUUCGGAGUCUCGGUGACAAGAUUUUGACAAUCAACAACUGCAUCACCACAUUGCUGGCAGACAACAGUCAAAUCCACCGACUUGAGCUCCCUUUGAGGAUGUACCAGCACCGCGCCAAGAGCCUGGACAAUGCUCAGCUCGUGGAAGAAAUCAAGAUACUCCGUCGUGGCACUCAGGCUGUCGCCGACGCUGUGGCGACCAUCAGGGACCUCCGUAACGAGACCAACGAAGUCUCCGAACGUCUCCGCAACAUCGAGCACCUCGCCGAGAAUGUGUCUGCUGCCGGCAAGGUCGUGUCUGGCGCCGCGCUCGAACUCUAUGAGAUUGCUAAGGCGACACAGCGCAACAAGCGAAUCAUUCAGCGGACUGGCGACGCGCUCGUCGACGUUCUGGAUUAUGUCUUCCCGCGGGGCUACUAA